AUGUCGGAUCACGAGGAAAACGGCUCCGAUGUGGGCUUCAAGACGCCUAUUCCUGAGCUGGAUGAUCACAGACAUCAGCCACCCUCUUCUCAGCAACAUGAGCGGGUCCGUCGAGGUACCUUCGAUUCGCUGUACGGUGCUCGUCUUCUGGCCGCCGACGAUGAUCAGGCACCGGACAAUUCCAAAAAUCGACUGAAAAGCUCAGAGGAGGCAAUCUUGGACGACGAGAUCGAUCAGGCAUCACCCACUACCCGGCGCCCUCGGCGGCCUACGGUGGAGACUAUUGGCGAGCAGCGUUCGGUCUCGCCUCCCAACUCUGUCAAGGCUUUUGCCGAAGCUCGCCGUCGCGAACGUGAGAUGUCGUUUUCGGAACCGAGACCUGAGGAAACUGAACUACAUCGAGCUAUUUCCAUUGCCAGUCGUCGAAGCAGGCCGCGCACUGUGGAUGAUGACGCCGUCAGUAUGGACUCGAAUCACACAGCCGAGGAAGACGUUUGCUUUCCACUUCAGGACAAGGGCAGGAAGGAUCAGUUGUACAUUGAUUUCGACUACCUGGAGAACUUCUUGCAGUCUGAGUCUGCUGCACGUGCUCUCAGCAAACAGGAGACUGUGGACAGAAGCUUUGCGGAUUUACGACCCCAAGGUUCCAGCUGCGCCCCUGAUGGGAUCCAGUUGGCCACUCUAGACGGAGACAUCCUUGACAUGCCCUCCGAGUCAUCGAUGGCGGACGACAACAAAGAAAAGCCCACUCUGGCCGACGAGUUAAGGGCUCCUCAGCAGCCGCCCAUUGAUAAGAACCGUUUCAGCUUCUUCUCCUCGGCUUGGGAGUCCACCAUCCAUGCUCAAGACUUUGGUGACCUAGUUCUACCAGGAGAGGAUGUUCGGGGGUUGUUUGCUUUGCCGCCAAACGAAUCAGACGGUGUCUGGUGGCUCAAUGUCAACAACCCAACAAAAGAAGAAGUCCAAGCCAUUUGCAAGGCAUUUGGAAUCCACCCUCUUACGAUUGAGGAUAUCACCACUCAGGAGGCACGCGAAAAGAUCGAGCUUUUUCCUUCCUACUACUUCGCGAGCUUUCGCUCGUUUCAGACAGUAGAAGAAGACGAUGGGCAAGAGUAUGAGCCAUUUAAUAUCUACGUUGUUGUGUUCAGAGAAGGGACUUUGAGCUUCAGCUUUCAACCAAAUGCUCAUGCUUCCCACGUUAGGAAGAGGAUUGCUUUGUUGAAGGAUUAUGUUGCUCUCAGCAGUGACUGGAUUUGUUACGCGAUGAUUGACGACAUUGUUGAUUGCUUUGCGCCAAUCAUUCGAAAGAUUGAGUUGGAGGCUGACUCGAUUGAAGAUGAAGUCUUCGUCAUUCGCGAAGGCGAUUCAAGCGUCUUCUUGCGGUCCAUCGGGCGAGUGCGCAAGAACUGCAUGGCAUUGAUGCGUCUGCUUGGAGGAAAGGCUGACGUACUCCGUGGUUUUACCAAGCGCUGCAACGAAAACUACAAGGUGACACCUCGGAUGGAUAUUGGCUUGUACCUCGGCGAUAUACAGGAUCACGUGGUCACGAUGGUCACAAACCUCGGACACUUCGAGAAGAUUCUGUCUCGUUCUCACAGCAACUACCUUGCACAGCUAUCCAUCAACAACAUUGCACAGGGAACAGACACCAACCGGGUGCUGAGCAAGAUCACCUUUCUUGCCUCAAUCCUGGUGCCGAUGAACCUCGUAAGUGGUUUGUUCGGCAUGAAUGUUCGCGUGCCUUUCCAGGAUGGUCCGAACGUGAUUCCAUUCUUCACCAUUAUGGGCAGCCUGUUCUUCUUCUGUAUCGUCAUCUUGGUAUGGGCUCGUAGAGCCAGGUACAUAUGA